CGGCGACUCUUGGCUCACCACGCAACAUCAACUUUUGAAAGCAUGGAAUUAGUAGGUUCUUAGUUUGCCAAAGAGACAUUAAGCUAAAACAACACUGAAACUCAACUGUGUCGGUUGCAGGUUGUGCCCAAGGCAUGACUCUGUAGACUCUCCUGCAGGUUUGCUCAUAGUAGGCUUGCCAGCUUGCAACCGCCAGCUAAGCUAGCUAACUUACCAGCUAGCUACAUUGCAGUCCAAAAUGACUGACUGCUGCGCCGCGGCGAGCUGUGAUUACCAGCAAGGGGAAUCAACCACUACACUUUUCAGCUUCCCCGUGGAUCCGGAGCGCUGUAAACAAUGGCUGAACAACUGUCGUCGCCAAGAUUUGUCAUCAGAGCCUCCUGAGCAGUUGCAUAAGCUGUACAGACUUUGUGCAAAGCACUUUGAGCCCUCUAUGAUCUCUCAUCAGAGUGCCUCCAGUUGUGUCUUAAAGGAAGAUGCUGUUCCAACAAUAUUUGACUUUACAACUCCUGCGAAUAACCAAUCAACCUGCAACAGGAAACGAGCUAGAGAUCCUUCGGAAGAGGAACCUACUUCUGUAAAGAAAACAAAAGAAAACACAGCAACAGCAGAUGUGACUGAGGAGACAAAAGAAUUGUCUGGAGAGAACAGUGCAAUGCCUGAACUGCUGACAGAGGGCCUAACACAAGAGGACGUGGCCAGCUCCAAAGCAAAAGAGACUCUGAAAGUAUAUUUUAAAGAAAUCCUGGCACUGACUGGAUUCAGCAUCAAUGGUGCAAACAUCAACACUGAUGAGCCGAUUGGAGGCACUAGGGGUCAGCAAGCUCUCAAUCGUAUCUGUGUGGAAAAAAUUGACAAGAAAGAAAUCCUCCAGUUCAGUGAAGACCUCAUGCGAGAGGAGAUCCAGAACAGCCUCAGACUGGCACGAUUCUUCUCCAUUCUGCUUCAAGAUGUGACUAGCAUAGAGGGAAAAGAUCAGAUCCCAGUUUUCAUUAGGUCUGUGACAGUAGCUGGGUUCCCUCAAAAGCACCUCAUUGGGUUCCUGCCAUGCGACAUGGAUGCAGAGAAUCUGUUUUACAUGCUUCUGUCUGAGUUGAGAAACAAGUGGGGGCUGAGGAUGGAGCACUGCAGAGGACUCACUUAUCUGGUUACAGGCAGUAUGUGUCAGAAAAUGCGAGACCUUACCUGCAGGAUUCUGCAGGAGUUUCCACAAGUAGUCCUGUCACCAAGUGACCCAUAUGCCUUCAACAUAUGGAUCAUUCGCUGCAUGCCUGUGUCCUCCAUCCAGAAGGUUGCAGACGCUGUAGAGGAGGUGGCCUCGUUACUCAGGAGAACACCAGAGCUGUCCAAAAGAUUGGAGGGAAAGAUCCAGAUGACAUAUGGGCAUGUAAAAGGGGAAGUGGAGAGGAUCAAAGCAGCUGUUAGUGGGAACUGGGAAUAUAGCACUGAUGCCUUCCAGACUAUGUUAGAUAUUCUGGAGCCAUUCCUGAACUGCAUCAAUGAGAUGAUUUCAAAGGUAGAUGAAGACACUGCUGAACAGAUGGCCAAGCUCAAGCCAGUUUUGAAGAAUUUCAACUUCAUCAUCACACUUGUUGUUCUGAAGAACACUCUCUGUUGUGUGAGCAUACUCAACUCAAGUCUCAGGGGAAUAAUUAGCAUCAGCAGUACCUUGCAGUACACAAUUUCAAAUGCCUUAAAGCUGGUAAACAAAUAUCAACAGGAGCUUGCAAUAUUCCACAGGAAAUGGUUUUCAGAUGCAGUUGGCCGAGCCAAGAAGCUGGGAGUGGAGGUUACUAAACCAGAGAUAGACCAAGAAGAAACAACUGAAACACCACUGGAGGACUUUUACAGAGAAACUCUGAGCCGGCCUGUCUUGCAGUAUCUUGUUGCAGAGGUGAAGAGAGUGUUCAGCACUGAAAUGGUGAGGAUUCUCCGAUGGCUCUCGUUAGUUCCAUCUUACAUGGCUGACCACAAUUUCAGCAUUCGCAGGGAUAAAGUAGCAGACGCCAACUUGAACAACCUUGCAAGGCCUGACACAUUCUACGAAGAGCUUGGUUGCUGGGAAGUGAAAUGGAGGCAUGCAAGCAAGCGCAGAAUCCUACCAACGACAGUGUUCGCUACACUCAAGAUUCCAGAUAUUGGGUUUUACCCGAAUGUGCAGAGCUUGCUGAGGGUGUUGGGCACUGUUCCGUGUGUGAAUGCGGAGGCUGAUGUGUAUGGACAAUACCAUAUGGUACUGGAGCGGUGCCACUCCUACCUGAGAGCUACACCAGAGGACCAAAGACAGUGCAGCAUGGCAUAUGUCUAUGUGAACCAAGAUGUGCACUUCAACGUUGAACAAAUGGUGGAUUCAUACGUCCAAAAGCAUCCAGACAUCCUGCAGUUGCUGCAAGUGGAUGAUGACACAAAAGAGAAGACUCCCAAAGUGGCAGGCCAUGGAAACCAUGCUGAGAAGGACACUGAAGAGGAAUUACAACUCAUAAACUUAGAGAUGGAUGCUGAAAGGCUUGUGGAGAUGAAGUGUGCAGAGACUGACAGAGAAGCUCUUAAAUCAGCUUUACAGGCUGCAGUGACAGCCGCAUACAGCAGUCAAAGCAGACUACAUAGUGACACUUCUGCUCAGGAUGGAGAGGUUGAGUAUGUGACCAAGUCUGAAAUGAAAGAAGUUCUCACUGUGUGCGAGAAUGCUGUCAGGGAGGGAAUCCUCACAGAAGUGGGAACUUCAUUCUUUUCCUUGUUCAUCGACCGUGUUGUGCAACUGGGGGAGAAAGACUAUCUUCCACUUUUCCUUAGGUUUGUGGACAGUUUUGAUGUCAUGCGGCUGGAGUUGAUGGGAUUCCUUGAGGCAGAUCUUGAUUGUGAUGCCAUGGUACAGCGUCUCCUGGAAAUAGUUACCGUUGAGUGGCGUCUUGAUUUGAACAACUGCAGAGGUCAAGCAUAUCUAGGCUCUGGUGACGUGUCCUACAAGCUGAAAGCUUUUGCCUGCAAAGUUCAGGAGAAACAUCCUCUUGCUAUAAGCACACACUGCUCUUCCUACUCUUUCAACACAUGGUGGUCAAAAUCCAUCCCAGUGCCUGCUGUUAAAAGAGCUCUGGAUACAUUUGAAGAGGUUUUGAUGUUUUUUGGGAGCAGUGUUACUUUAGAAAAACAACUCGACCAUGUUAUAGCCUUUGGUCUUAGAGAGAGCUAUGAAAAGGUCCAAGAGUUACAAGGGAAGUUCUGUGCCCUGUGGCAAGAGAAGCAUGACUCUUAUGAGGUUUUUGUGCAGAUGCUGGAGCCCCUGGUCGAAUGUCUGGAGAAAAUCAAAAACAACCCACAGAGAUGGAAAGCCUUUGUGUCUGAACAAGCCGGGGCACUUCUCUGCAAGGUCAUGGAAUUUGAUUUCAUCAUUGCCAUGGUCAUCUUAAAGAACGCAUCCUCUUUUACCAGAGAGCUGAGUGCAGGUCUCCAGAAGGACCACUUCAGUGCCGCAUCCCAGCUUUGCCAAAUCAGUGGUAUUGUGGCCACUCUGAACCGAGUAAAGACGAAUAUGAAGGUGUUUCACCAGAACUGGUUUGAUGAGGCUUGUGCAAUUGCACAGAGUCUAAGAGUGCAGAUUGAAGUGCCUGAAAACUCUGUGCAAAGGGACAGCAUGAUGAAGCCCGUUGGGUUUUACAAAGAUGGCUUAAGCGUGCCCCUAGUAGAUAACCUUAUCAAUGCAGUGAAGGAUCAUUUUUCAGAAGACCACAAAGAAGCUCUCAACUUCCUUUCUCUGGUUCCAUGCUCAGUCACAGUGAGUUACAUGUUUGAGAGCUUGAAGUCAAAGCCUCCUCUCUAUAGCAGUGAUCUUCCCGAUGCUGACAACUUCUUCACAGAGCUGUGCUGUUGGAGAGUAACCUGGAAGACCAAAGUGGCAUCCGUGACCAUCCCAAACUCCAUAUUUCACACACUACGUCUGCCACUCAUGCAGUACUUUGGAAACAUCAAUGCACUGCUGAGGAUUAUGUCUGUGCUUCCCAGCACAGCACUGGAGGACUGUGGUGUUGUAAUGCGCCACAAGAAGUUUCAAGAGUACCUGAGAAAUACAAAUCCUAAAGACAGGUCCUCGUGCUUGGCUAUGCUGCAGGUGGGCACGGACUUCAGCAGAGACCUGGACCGUAUGGUGACCCAGUGUUUGAAGGUUACACCGCAAGCCUUGGAGGGUAUCUGCCUGGACAAGGAAUCCAAAAGUUUCAUCAGGAACUCUGAAAAUAAUAUGGAAGUUGAUUCUAUCAAGGAGGAAGCUGAGGAGCUCAAAAUUGAACAAUCUCCUGACAAGAUUGAGGACCAUGACAUGAAACCAGCAGAGGAGAAUGGGCACGCAGGAGAUAAUCGGCAAAGUUUGGUGACAGUAUUCAGACUAGCUGCACUACUGGGGAAAAAGAAUAGCAGUCUCUCUGACCUCUCAGAAGAUGACAGAGAGCAUUUCAUCCAGGAGCUCAGCAUGUGCCACUGGUUUGGAAGGGAGAACAAAUGCGCACCUUCUCUAGGUGAUGAUGAAAUGGUGAACCUCCUCAUAGAUGGAAUCAGAGAUGUCAUACUCAAGGAAAUACAGGAAUCUCCAUUCUUCUCACUGAUCACAGACAAACCUGUGAAAAUUGCCGACAAGACACACCUACCUGUGUUUGUCAGGUAUGUCGGAGAGUCUGCCCCAAAAGUUGAGCUCAUGGGUUUCUUACCAUUUGAUGAAAACUGUCAUGUUGAUACACAAGCGAAUAACCUUGCAAAGAUUCUCACUGAAGACUGGGGCUUACCAAUGUCUCACUGCCGAGGACAAGCAUUCAUGCACUUGGGCUCAGGUUACCAAAGCCUGAAGAAAAUGUCUUUGGAUUUCCUCAAGAGUUAUCCACUCUCUGUUGUAACACCAAGUGAGUCUUGUGGCCUUGCCCAUUGGCUGGCAGGAAGUGUGCCUUGCCCUUCAGUAGCAAAAAUGUUGGAUAUCACAGAGGACUUGCUGCUGUUCUUUGAUGAAUCUCCUUGUCUAGAGGGACAGUUGGCACAGGCUGUUGAUGGGCUUUUAAAUAUGCCAAGAGAGGCCCUGGAGGAAAUUCCAGAAACAUGUUGCUCAAGGUGGAAAAAGAGAGAGGACUUCUUUGACAUACUUGCUGACACAUUGGAGGGUAUUCUCAGCUGCCUGGAUGCUGUUAGCUCUAGUGCGACAGGUGCCAAGUCAAUGCAUGCACAAGUUCUCUCUACUGCUCUGAGAAAUAUGGAUUUCAUUGUCACCCUUGUGAUUUUGAAGAAUGCUUGUGCUCCCCUUCGUAACUGUAGCACUGUCUUCCGCUGUGGAAACCCUGCUGAUAUUCUCUGUGAAGUGGAAAAAAUCCCCUCAAUCAUAGAGACUCUCAACAAAAUGUUAGAAAAUGUGAGCACACUGCACUCAUCUUGGUUUGAACAGGCCUUUCAGCUAGCAACCAAGGUAGCUCCAGAACAAGUAUGCUUUUCAGAGGAAGCCAACAGCUAUGAAUCUCCUGAGUUAUACUACAGAGAAAAUCUGAGUGUCCCUCUCCUCAGAAGUCUCAUUGAUGAGAUGAAGUACAGCUUCUCAGACAGCCACUUAAAAGCCCUGUCGGUCCUGUCAUUGCUUCCCUCCUGCAAUCCACAGCCUAUUUUGUCGGAGUCCACGGACAAGCCAUUCGGCCUCUACCUUACAGACCUUCCUGAGCCGGAAGCAGCCGAGCAGGAAAUCAGUGCCUGGGCCACAGUCUGGAGAGAGAAGUACCAGGAUGGUGCUCCUCCAACAUCCAUUGCUGAGACACUUGUCCAUCCUGAGUCAAAGAGCCACCCAGCUGUUACCUUACUGCUUAGGCUAGUAGCUGUCCUGCCGAGUGUCAGUAUGGAGUUUGAUCUGAUGAAAACCACGCUGAAUUCCAUGAGGGAUCUGUUAAAAAACACUCUAUGCAAAGGCAGUAGAACGGAUCACGUGUUGCUCCACUCUCACAGCUCAACACUGCAGAGAUUACCAGAGGUCAUUGAACGGUGUAUGGAGGUGGAUCCAGAGAGCAACCCAUGUCUAUCCCAGGUGAUGGGAACUUUGCAACGACUAAAGCUGGACAGUGGAGCCAUUGAAGUAAAACCAGGGGCACCAACAGAAUUGCAAGCCUCCAGUGUAGCAGAGAAUCCUGCUGAUGGAGAGGUGAAUUUGGCUCAUAAUGAAGUGAUACUGGAGGUUGCUCAAGGACCAAGAAAAGCAGUAUCUUUCUAUGAACCACAACUACGUGAACAAAUCCUCAAGGAACUCUGGGACUCUCAGUUCUUCACAGUUAUAACUGAGCAAGCUGUUGAAAUUGAUGGUGAGCUCUAUGUCCCCUUGUGCAUCAGGUACCUAAAUAAAGAGGACAUCCAGUGUGAGGAAACACUGGCUUUUAUCCCUUACUGUGAAGACCCAGUUGUCCUUGCAGAUGCUAUUGAGACUGCCCUUUCUGAGAAAUGGGGGCUUAACAUGGAGUACUGUAGAGGUCAGGCCUUGCUGAGUGUUGGUGAAGUAGGAGCUCAGAUGAGGGUUGUAAGUUUAGCAGUAGCUAAAAAAUACCCCCAGGCUGUAAGAACUGUCAGCUCUGCUUUGUCUAUUAAUGUAUGGCUGGCCAAAUCUUCUCCUGCUGAAGAAGCAGCUGAUGGAGCAGUUCUCAUAGGCAAAAUAUUACAUUGGCUCACAGAGGAUGCAGAACGGCAGAACAAACUGGAAGACAUGAUCAUUCACGUGUUCCAGCAUGAUGAAGGAAAAGGUAACGAGCUGAGGGACAAACUCAUCAAGAACUGGGAGAAGAGUCAUGACAUGCAUGAAGUGAUGGUUGAGAUUUUAGAAGCAGUCAUGCUAUGCUUGAAUGAGCUGAAAGGGGAGGGAAGUAUUUCAAACCAGCAGCAAGCAUCACAGUUCUUCAAUGCAAUCAGAAACUUUGAGUUCAUCCUAUCAACUGUUGUGCAGAAAAACGUCUUGAGUGUGACUAAAAAGCUAAGCCAGUCUCUUCAGGGCAAACCCUUAGAUAUGUUGCUUGCUGUGAAUAAUUUGCCCGAUCUCAAAGCGUCCCUCAGUAAACUGAAGAGUGAAAUUGACACCCAUCACAAGGCCUGGUUUGAGGAAGCUGUUGCAUUGGCUUCUAAACUCCAUGUCACAAUGUUGCAUUCGGUGCUUCAAGAGCCAUUGAGUGAGUUUUACAAAGAAUCAGUGAGCAUGAAGGUUGUAGAGCACUCAAUUGCAGAGAUUGAUGACCUCUUCACAGAAAAGGUAUUGGAUACUUUAAAGUGUCUGGAGAUUGUGCCUUACGCAAUGUCCAAAGUAGAAACCAGCAUUCUUAGUGGUCUUGUGUUCCGCCUGUACAAGGAGGACUUGCCAGAUCAGGUCUCCCUUCACUCUGAGAUGAAGUCAUGGAAGGAGAAAUGGUUGGAUCCCCUAGCCGGCUAUCUCCCAACUACUGUGCUCGAUACCCUCAAGACGUCACAGAUAAGAAGUUUUAGUAACAUUGAGACUCUCCUCAGACUGCAGGUCAUCUUGCCUUUUUCAAGGAGGGAGAGCAACUUCAGGCAAGGAAAAAGAAGCUUACAGGAGUUCAUACAGCAGAAAAAGAGAUCCCUCACUGAGCUCCAUCCUCUGUAAGAGCCACAGGUCUUCCGUCACGGUUAGCAGAUUUGAGUAAUGCGUUUGAGAUGUCACCGCCACCAUAUUUAAGAACUAUUGUGUCUCAGCCCCAAUUGAGCCUGAGCUCAAUAUUUCUGUGUACAUUAUUGAUCUAAAUUCUUUGAAAUUUCCUUUUGUUGUUUUCCUGCAAACCAGGCCCUAUGUUAUGUUUUUUUUUAUUCUGUAGUUUGUACAGUUGUACUGCCCAAUGGGACCAAUAUCUUGGCAAGAAAAGCAAUGCUCCACUGAUGGUUAUCAAUGCGUGUGCCUUGAUGCAAAACUAAUAAUUCUCCCCAUGUAUUAUGAUAAUACAAAUGUUUAAAAAUGUCCCAUUGGCCUGUGAAACAACUCUAUUUUUAUCAUUACCAAAAAUGACCAGACUGACUUCUGUAUCACUGUCAUGAAUUCAUUAUAAUUAUUAAAUUGCACCCUUACCUUUCCUGGGCACAAAUAGAAAUAGGUAGUUCCAUCAUGUCUUCUGAUGAUUUCCCAUGUUUCCUGUCUGUUUGCAGGAAUGAAUUUGCUGUAAACGUAUCUUUGAAAGAAUGUUUCCUUAAUAGGAAAACCUUCAUAUAUAUAUUUGUCAGAAAAGUAAUAAAAUGCUC